AUGCACGCUACUAAUCUAUGUUGUAACCUGACUCCAAACGUGCCUAUGGACUUGCAUUACAACGAAGUGUCAGACGCUGAUUUCACCGCCAUAUGA